GUGCAUGAAAGCUCCAGGUCAUUGGCUGGUGGUCGUCGGCUACUUCUCCUCCCACUGGCGACGCAUUUAUCGGCCUCUCUCUCUCCUUCCCUCUCUCUCUCUCUCUCUCUCCCCCUCUCCCCCUCUCCCUCUCCCUCUCCGAACAAGGCUUUCUCUAUCCUGUUUUGCUUCAAAUUGUACGACAUGGUUCCUAACAAAUGGGUGUCUCUUUGCUUGAAGCUGUUCCUGCUUCCUUCCACUUGUGCCUGAGUCCUGAUUUGCAGUAAAGUCAAAGCAAACCCUAUUUGAAAAAAAAAAAAAAAAAAACCAGAAUUAUCCUUGUGAUAUUUGCGAAGAUAUACUGGCUAUCAAGCCAUGACUUUCAAAGAGCAUGAAAUGAUUCACAAUAAUCCAAAUACACAGUCGUCAUCGCUGUCGUUUGCGCCUUGGUUGGUGCUCCAUGGCUCACAAACUCCUCAGAGUGAAUCUGUUGGUCGAUUGAAUUCAGUGGAACACCAUGCUUCUGAGGAGUUCCACCCUUUAUCCAAAAAGGCGACUCAAGCUGUUGAAGGAAGUGCUGACAGGCCAGAUAUGACUCAAUUUGCCAUCUUUUCUGAAGAAAGUAAAUUCUCAAUUGACUGGCGGAAGCCUCAGCUAACCAUGUCAGCUCUACCGGAGUAUGGUUCUAAUUUCCAUAGUGAAUUUGGCCCACCGAUGAUGUAUUCCAAAUAUUCAAAUGUAGAUCAGAUUUCUGGGCUAUUCCCUCUUUAUGGAGCUCAAUGCCAGGGCCGCAUCAUGCUUCCUCUGAAUUUGACAGCAGAAGACGGACCAAGAUAUGUAAAUGCCAAGCAGUAUCAAAGGAUCCUCACACGUCUCAAGUGCCGUGCAAAGAAGAAAUUGGAGAACUUUGGAAGAGCCCGCAAGCCAUACAUGCACAAGUCACGCCAUCUUCAUGCUAUGCGCCGCCCCAGGGGAUCUGGAGGUCGCUUCUUAAAUACAAAAGCCCUGAAAAAUGCAACAGAAGUAAACAUGAAGAAAACUGGCAGUGAUGGAAUGUCACCCUGCCCAACCAGUCCUCAGAGUUCAGAAGUCUUGCAACCUGAGAGCAGAGGUUUGAAUGCAUCAAAAGUGGGAGAUAACAACAGGACCAACCUUACUGGUUCGGAGGUGGCCAGCCUGUACUCCCCGCAUCGGCUGCUGAACAAUCAUGUCCGACCAUGCGUUCACCCACAUCUACAUGUGGACAAUGGGGGGCAUGACAUGGUUAUGCCCGGAAAGUGGGCUCCAGCAGCUGAUAGCUGCCACGACCUCAAAGUCGUCUGAGGGCAAAGGAAGUGGUUCCGGUGCUAGUAGCAGAACCAUGGUCACAUCCUAGCAGCAAUUCGAAGCUCAGUUGCAGUUACUGUUCUUGCACUGAGUUUCUUGGUCUGGAGGAGGCAAAUCAUCCUUGGCUCGUGCAUCAAGGCUGUCUUGACCAUGCUACAUGGCAUGGCUUUAGGCUUUGAGACCUUGAUGCCCAAUAAAAGUAUAAUAUCAAAGGUGACAAUUUUAGGUUUCGUUGCUGGAUCUUGAUGUAAUAAGGGCAUGUCAAAUGUGUGUUUGCUGUAAAAAAGACAUCAAAGCUAUGCAUAUUGAAACCUGAGUGGCUGUGACUUGUUGGGUUUUCUGAUU